UGCAGCACUUUGUCACCCGAGCGUCACUAAGUUCUCCCCACGACCACGCAACUCGCUCGCAUCUCCCGAGUGGAGCAGCCGGCCUGCGUGGAUCAUGUAGGAGCUUCUUCUCUUUUUCCCUUCUUUUUUUUCUACCGUUUUUCUACUCCGAAGUUGUCGCCAUUGCCCGCGUGGGCUGCAGAAAGUUGGCUGGAAAGUCUGCAGCUCUGUCACGUCGACACGAGUGGGAAGUAUUCGGCCCGACUGGACUCUCGCCAUGAGUGAACAGAGCAUCUGCCAGGCCCGGGCCGCUGUCAUGGUCUACGACGACGCCAAUAAGAAGUGGGUUCCGGCGGGAGGUUCCACCGGCUUCAGCAGAGUCCACAUCUACCACCACACAGGAAGCAACGCCUUCCGUGUAGUCGGGCGCAAGAUCCAAGAUCAUCAGGUGGUGAUCAACUGUGCCAUUCCCAAAGGACUGAAGUACAACCAGGCCACUCAGACCUUCCACCAGUGGCGGGAUGCCCGGCAGGUUUAUGGACUGAACUUUGGCAGCAAGGAGGACGCCAACGUGUUUGCCAGUGCCAUGAUGCACGCCCUGGAGGUGCUCAACUCCCAGGAAACUGGUCCUACAUUGCCGAGGCAGGCCCCCAAUGUUCAGAAUGGUCCGACAGCUGAGGAUUUGGACCUUCAAAAAAGGCAGCAGCAGGAGCUGCAGAGGCAGAAGGAGGCGGAGCGAGAGUCGCAGGAGCGGCAGGAGCGGGAGGCUCGAGCGGAGACGGAGCGACUGGAGCGUGAGAGGAUGGAGGUGGAGAGGGAGAAGGUGGAGAUGGAGCGAGAGAGGGAGAAGGUGGAGAGGGAGCGUCAGGAGCAGGAGCAGCUGGACAGAGAGAAGCAGGACUGGGAGAGAGGGAGGCGAGUCUCCAAUGCUGCUUUCGAGAGCACCCUGCACAGCCCCACUCCUCAGGAGUACGGCAGAACUUCCUCCACGCCCGCGUCGCCAUCCACCCCCACUUACCCGUCUUCCGGUGCACUUUCGGCCUCCUCCGCCGCACCGCCCACGCCGCCGCUAAGACACUCGGCCUCCCGAUUCGCCACGUCCCUGGGCUCUGCCUUCCACCCGGUCCUUCCGCACUACGCCACGGUCCCAAGGAGGCAGCAGGCCUUACCCCCGGCGCCGGCACCCGCUCCGGCCCCAGUCCCGAGCCCGGCCUGUGCGCCGAAGUCGGCAGUGUGCUCGGCGUACAACUUCACUCCCCUGCCCCCGUCGCCCCCCAUUAUGAUAAGCAGUCCCCCAGGGAAAGCCCCGGGCCCCCGGACGCUCGUCCCCAUAGCCGCCCCAUCUCCUCUCACCCAGAAGCCGCCGUCACCGUCUGCCAACGGCCUGCCCAUGUUUCCUGCACCGUCCCCGGUCACAAUUCUGCCGCACAGCCACCCGGUCGGCAUAGUCUGCCCCACACCGCCGCCGCCGCCCCCAACUCCGCCACCAGUUCCUUCUUCGGUGGCGCCCCAUUCUUUGUGCGUCUCGUCUCCCCCCUCCUCAUCCCAUGCUCCUGGUUUGCCCUCUCCCUCCGCAGUUGCUGCUUGUGCUGAGCACCUCUCCCUGCCCGAGGGCCAGGACCCAGAACCAGAACCGACAGUCCUCGAGACCCACCAACUGCAAGGGGGGUCCUACAAUCAUUCCCAGGACAGUGUACAGACAGCGGGGUCAAGCGCACCUGUCCCUCCCCCAGCCCCGCCCCUGCCGCCCGGGUCCACGGUGACGGCCGGAGCUGCCACGCCGGCCGUGACUCCCACCACGCCCAUCGGACACCCUCCCCCACCACCGCCUCCACCGUUGCCUCCUACGUUGACUCCGGCCGUGACCCCGACUUCAGCACCGGGUCCACCUCUCGGGGCGCCGACCCCUCCGCCGGCGCCUCCCCUUCCCGCCGGUCUCUUUUCGCCGGCGGAGGAACGCCCGCUUUCAGGCCUGGCAGCCGCCCUAGCAGGCGCCAAGCUGCGCAAAGUGCCAAGGAGUGAGGAUCCAGGUGCUGCUCUGGUAUCAGCCUUGUCAGGAGGUGUGGGGGCCAAACCAGAAUCCAGGGUAAAUGGUCCACUUCCUGGAGGAGGCGGGCUCAUGGAGGAGAUGAGCGCCCUAUUGGCCAGAAGGAGAAGGAUUGCAGAGAAGGGGUCAUCACCUGAACCAGACCUGAAGUCAGAGGAGGCUGACACCACCCCCACCACCACCACCCCCAAAGUGUCAGCAUGCAGCACACCAGACAUGCCUAGGAAGCCCUGGGAGAGAAGUAACAGCACCAUGAACGGUAGCAAGUCUCCAGUUAUUGGAAGACCUAAGUCCAGUCCCACACCUGCACCUCUAAGUGCCAACGGGGUACCAACAGACAGUGUGGACUAUGACCGGUUGAAACAGGACAUUCUGGACGAGAUGAGGAAGGAGUUGUCCAAGCUAAAAGCAGAGCUCAUCGAUGCCAUCAGGGAGGAGCUGGGCCGGUCCAGUACAGCGUAGAAGACCUCCUCCACAUCCAACAAGACCUCAGUCUGGGACGCGACAAGGUGAUGACAAUGAAGACAAAAACCAGGUGGAGCACCUCCAGGUGUUGGUCUAAGUCUGGUCCAUGUGACUCCUCCUCCUCCUCCUCCUCCUCCUCCUCCAGGAGGACUCUGCAGUGUGAAAGAAAACGUGCAUGUCUUUUUUUUUUUUUUAAAUGCAAAAAGAACAAUCCCUAUCUUGUCGUUCGGACAAAACGAGGACCUCUCGGAAGACACUUGUCAAGAUCCUUGCUGGAUUUUUUUAUUUUUUUUUCUACCAGAAGGCUAGUUUUAUGAAAAUGCGAAAGUACGGUCACGUGGUGAAGAACGCGGGACGGAAAGGACGAAGAACGUGGGACGGAAAGUGUGAAGGAGCGCCACUCGUCUUCCUCAAAUGCUCCGGGAACUGAAGUGUGUACGGAAGGAAGGACGGACGGACGACCGGCUCCGGUAGCGCCAUAGUCAUCUUAUUCAUUCGUCUUUGCCAGCCAUGGUAGCUCAAAAAGUGCGAUUUAUUUUCUAUUUCUGCCACGUGGGCGUGGUCAACGUCCACUGACCUUUGAACCCCCCCCCCCCCAUCUCACCCUCAUUACGAGCAAUAAGUGUAGCAUUACUCACUCCCAACCCCCCCACCUUUCUCUUCUGACAGGAAGUUACUGUGCAACAUGAUGUCACCGCCUCUAUAAAAAAAAAAAAAAAGUGUCUUUCGCUCACUUUCCCCUCGACAACAGGCGUGUCUUUAUCUCUGUAGUGUGUCGGCCAUCCUGGAACUACGUGGUGAGCAUCCCCGUGUGCCAAUCACGACCGUGCUUGUUUUUUUCUUUCUGCUUUUUGCCUUAAACAAAUAAAAUUUUAAUUUUGUUCCCCGUUA